AUCCGUUGAGGGACUUGCCUGUGUCGGCAUGGACUCAGCUGCACAACCUCUGUCCGCACGUGUCCAAGUGCUGAAAACCACUGGCCUCAUCCUCCUUACCGGCCUGUGCGUCUUCCUGCUCGAGCUUCACUUUGGCCUGCGGAACAGCCUACAGAAAUUCAGAGGCGCCGAAGCGGCAUCGCUCUGCAAUGCGACGGCAGGAUACUCAGAGGAGCAGGGCAGUGGAGGUGACGAUGCCGUGGCCGCCAUCAGUGAGAGUCCGCCUUUGCCCGUCAUGGUAGAGAUGAGAGACUACCCUUUCUAUCACCGCUCUGCCUGUCCUCGGUCUGUGUUUGCUUUCGCCAGAUGCACGAAAAGGAGGCCGCGCUGGUGGAGAGUCUUCUGUCGUCCGAUGUGGUGGCGCUAGAGUGGGGCAGCGGAGGAAGCACAUUCCUUAUUUCUCCGCGGGUCCAGACGCUCUACUCCAUCGAGGCCUCGGCUGGCUGGUGCGACGGCAUGCAGCAAAACGCUGGAGAGGCAAUGAAGGUGCUCAGGAGGGCAGAAAAGCUGUUUUUUCUGUGUGCCAAUAGGUGAGCCAAAACAACGCCGCUGCUGUCACGCACGGAAGCUCACGGAUGGAUGGAUGGAUUGAUGAAUGAUCAGAUACGCUCCUACGAAACGCCUCUCCUACCCCACUGACAAGCCGUCAGAGGCCGUAAAGGCCUUUCGUGGGCCAUACAUUGAAGUGAUGGACACGUUGGCGAACCUUCGAAAUGUGACCUACUACGAUCUCGUGCUGAUUGACGGCCGAUAUCGGCUGGCGUGCCUGAUGUACGCCCUCAAGUACACGGACAGCAAGUCGAAGGUGAGCGCACAGGGAAAGAGCCGGGCAGAUACAUUUAGCCGAUCUGUUUUCUUCUCUUUUGUGGUCUUGAUUACGUCGUUCAGCUCCUUGUCCACGAUUUCGACCGAUUCAAGAAGCGAAUUGCCGAGCAACUGCCCAACACCUUCGAAUUGGUUCAGGAAGCCGAGAAGAUGGGAUGGCUGAAGAAGAAGGAAGGGGCCAGCUUCGAUAGUGAGGAAGUCCAGAGCUUUUACAAGGAGAUGAUACUAUCGCCCGGCCCAUGAACAGCACCUCUUACUGGGCAUGCGGCUGUGGUGGUGUAGUGUUCUCAAUCUCCGUGUCGUGUGCCGUUCUC